UGAUGUGUUCCCUACGGUUCGGAAAUGUUCCUUUAAGCUAAGCUAGGGAAGAUAUUGUUUUCGUGAAGCUAUCUUUUCGUUUUCGUCUAAUUGUACAAAUUUGGGUUUAACUUAUUCUUCGAAAAGCAUCAUCGUUGCGGAGAGAGCACACCAACCAAAGCAAUGUCGGGGACCAAUGUGCAAGGUUUUGAUGGAGAUCCCGAGUUGUUGGACCUGCAGUCGAGCUUCAAUGAACAGCAGGCUAAAAUAUCCGCUCUUCGUGAAAUCAUACGCCAAACGGAAGCGGUCAAUGACAUAAAGCAUGCAACGGCACAAGAGAAAGUGAAAAACAUUGCCCAACGUUUGACGCACUUCAAGACGAAGGUCACCAGCUCCCGUCUAAAUCGUGCCAACAGCAGUCUCGCCUCGCCGUCUCCAUCAACCUCAACACCUGACGCUGUCGUGCACGCUCCCACCGAGAGCAGAGGCGGUACACAGUCGCUCCACCGGGGCCGCUCGGAAUCAUCCGGAUUGGAGAAGUGUACACUGCUUCGCGAGCAAAUCGAGCAAAACAGGCAGAAAAUGGCAGCCCGGGAAAGCUGCAAGCGAGAGAUUGAGGAGAAGGUGAGCGAAAUUAAACACAAGCUCGAAACGACACUGAAGCAGGCGAAGGAAAAGCCACUAGAUCUAGAACAUCAUCUGUCUGCAAUGAUCGACAAACCGUUGCAAACGCAUGAUUACCAGGCACUGAAACGAAGCAUCCUAGACACUUCCAUUACGCAUCAAACAGCCGUCACCCAGUCAGAGACAACCAACAGUUUCAAUACUAGUCUAGACCGAAACGAGGCCUGCGAAAAACUUGCCUAUCUGGAAAAUCAGAAUGAGCUUUUGCAAGCUAAAGUGGUUGAAAAAAAUGGCAUCAUAGAAGAACAAUUAAACGCCCUAUCCCAGUUGGCGUCUCGCUUAACUGGAAGUAGCAAACAUGGAACGGUUCUCAAAGACGAGGUUCAUCGGAUGCAGGUAGAGCUACUACAAAAAAAGUGUAACAUUUCCAUCGAGGAAGCGACAAAUCAAAUAGAUGAAUCGACGAUGCAUAAUUUGUACGAACAAGAUGAAGGCUGCCGUUAUGAUAUAAUAUCACUUCCUGAAGCAACACCAUCCAGCGGCGUUGAAAAAAGGCAAGACGCUUCUGAGCUGGAACACGAAAUCGAACUGCACACAGCGCUUCAACAGAUCACCUCGCUCGAACAAGUGAUCUCGUCACAGAGCGCCGAAAACGAGCGAAUGGGCGAAGAGAUUUCCCAGUUGCGACAAGCACUCGAAGAAAAAACGAUCGAAGUCAAUGUUAUGGCAGCAAAUGUAUCUGUGUUGCAAGAAAAAUUGAAAAGCAGUGGACCGAAACCGCUUUUUCCUAAGACGGCUGAUGAGGAGCUUGAAGCAGAAACAGCCAAACUGAAGCAACAACUGGACGAGUCGAAUAAAAACAUGAUCAAGUGUAAACUAAAGGUCAAACAGCUGCAGAAGCAGGUGGAUACGUUUCGUAAAUCAUCCAACGUUCAUGCCGAGAUAGCUAGCCUAACGGAGGAGGUGAACAUGUUGACGGAGCGACUAGCUGAAGCAGAAGCUGAAGCGCAGGUCGGCAGCAUAAGCAUCGUGAGUGUCGACAACAGUGGCUCCGCCGCUGACCUGCGCAAACGAGUUGAAACACUCGAACGUACGUGUCAAAAUCAGGUAACGGCAAUGCAAUUGCUUGAGGAGCAGAAAAAUGAUUUGAACGACGAUCUAAGCCGAACUCGAUCUCAGUUACUGUCGCUGCGUGAGCAAAUGCAAGCGAGAACAGAAGGCGAAACAGUUCAUAUCGCCAGUCAGAUGCUGUCGAUCGAGCUGGAGGAGCAGCUCGAGAAGUGUUUGGCUGAUAAAUCAGAACUAUCGAAGGAUUUGCUAGCGUGGGAGACAGAAAAGAUGGAACUUCAUAAAACCAUCAAGCGCUACAUGGACGAAAACGGUCAGCUGCUUGCAAAAAUCGACAAACUGAGCAUCGAAAAAGUGAGUUCGGCAGAAUCGAUCGAAGUUUUGGAAAAUCUGACGCAACACGAAAAGCAGGAAAUGGAAAAGUCGGAAAAACGCAUCUCCGAUUCUAACACUAGUGACGCGUCGCCCGGUGCAACUGUGCACGAGUCGAGAGAAGACUUGAAUGAUAAUUUGCUCAAACUGAUGGAAGAAAGCAAAGAACUGAUGGAGAAGGUCGAGUUGUUCACAGAUGAACGACGGGAAGUGCUAGAGAAAUUGGACGCAAUGUCGAUUGAAAAUCAAGCGUAUAUCUGCGAGCUCGAUAAGUUGAAAGAGGCCAAUGAGCAACUGCGUAGCUACAGCGUCGAACUAGUAUCAGCAAAAUCUGACUUGGAAGACAAGUUGAAGCUGAUCAACGAUGAAAAGGAAUGCAUUCGGCAAGAGCUGAACACGUUUCGGUUAAAAAUCAACGAAGGGAAAGAGAGCGAUCCCGGAACCGCACAGUGUGCGGACCCAUUGGAAGCGCAAAUUUUCAGCAAGCAUGAUUACGAACACUCGAUACUUACGGUCGAAAACGAUAUCUCAAACUACACGAAAAUUAAAGACAAACAAAAGCGAUUACAAACGUGUAAGAAGCUUUCAGUGAGCGCGAAGCAAUUGGUGACGCUAAGCAAGCAACUGUUGGAGGAGUAUGAACGUAUGGCAGAUGAACGCAAUUCGUUGAGCAAGCAAGUGGCUGCACUUUUGCAAGGUAGUGUCAAGGCAGACGGAGCUGAUUCUGACCGGAGUAGUUCCACAAUGGUCGAAAAAACCUUAGCGGAGGUAAAAAGUAGCUUAAACAAAAAAGAGUUGGAAAUCAUCCAGCUCCAAGAGCAUCUUACUGCACUUAAUCGUGAGCUUAAGUCCGCUUCAGAGAAAAUCCCAGAUGACGAACCGCAGCUGCUGCAGAUAGAGUUGAAUGCGAAAAAUGAUGAAAUUAUGCUGCUCAAGAAAGAUAUUGAUGCAUUGGUCGAUACAAAGGCAACUGAAUUGUUGCACAUACAGCAGGCCCUCUUGGAAGCGCAAAACGAGAUACAUCAGUUGAAAACGCAUGUUGCGACUUUGCAGCGAACCAACGUGCAGCUCGUACAAGAUAUCGAAGGGAAAGAGAAAGAUAUUGACCAGCUAAAAUCGAUUAUCGUGACCAUAGAGAACACACAGAAAUCAUCCAACGAGGAAAUGUGGCAGAGUGUUCAACACAAGCAAGAAACCAUCGAUACCAUGAAUGCACAAAUUAUCGAACUUUACCGAACGAUCGAAGAACGCUGCAAUGAAUUGGCAGAGUGUAAGAACCAAUUGAACGACACGGCUAGUGCUUUGAAUGCCAAAGAUGCCCAAAUUUCCAGUCUUAAGCUUGGUAACGAAAAGUUAAGCUCACGCAUUGCUAAUCUGGAGGUGGAACAACAGACCAUUCAAACUGAACAACUGGAAAAGGUAAAAGAAAACCUAACCCAGAAAAACGAGGAACUGUUGGAAAAGCUCAAAAAGUUUGCCGCUAACCUCAAGAAGAAAAACACUCAAUGCAAUGAUCUGGAGGUGGAAAAUCAACGGCUGUGUGAAGAAAAUCGAACGCUGUUGGAGCGGGUGGCUAAACUUGAGUUCGAUUUACAGAACAUUGAAGGCAAAGCCGAGGUUUGCGAGGAAAACCAAGAGCUAGCACAAAAACUGCACCAUCUAAACAACGAACUGCACCGGCUGCUUGAGCUGAAGUAUCAAAUGGAAUCGGAGUUCCAUGCGACUCGCGAAGAAUUGCGAGUGGAAAAGGACAAUUGCGAGGCUGCACAAACUGGCAUCGCUAACGCGCGUGUGCGCUUGGAAGAAAUGGAGCGGGAGCUGAACGAAAAACGCGCAGAAAUGGAUGCCUUGCACCAGGAACUCACUGCCCGACAAAUGAAAAUCGACAAGUGUAAGGCAAUUAUUAAGGAAAAAAUCAAGGAAGCACAACGCCUACAGGAACACGAGCGACGUACCGCUUACCUGGAGGAUGAACUGCGAAUGACGCAAAGCAAACUGGAGGAGUUCCAUAAUCAAACACUACUGCUCGGUCGUUUGAAGAAUGAAAAAGAAGAGCUGAAUGCCGCUGUACGGGUGGAAGCUAAGCAGCGACGCAGCCUGGAAGUGGAGCUGCAGGAGCUAAAGCAAACACAAACCGCGUAUCGGGAACGAGAAGAAAACCUAGCUAAAACUCUAACAAUCAUCGAAGGAUGGCUUAGCCAACAGCAAGCGAAGUGGAGUUUGGCGUCUUCCCCGGUACCGGAGUCCGUUUCAGAUUCGGACAAACUUUUGCAAUUCCUCUCUAUUCUGGAGCAAAUCGACAAAUGCAUCGCGGAACUGAUGACAAAUAAAAAUAACGAACUGAACGGCAUUGUCGUUCAGCUGCACGAAGCGAAAGAAAUGGCAACGACGCUGUCCGAUCAGAUUCAUCAUUUGCAAAAAGAACUGCAAAUGGCCAAGGAAGAAAGCACACGUAUCGCGCAUUGCAGCCAAGAGCAUCACGAUUCUCUAACUGCACUACAAUGCGAUUUCGCCGUGAAGCAAAGAGAGCUGCAAAACGAAACUAGCGAAAAGUUGCAACGCUGCAUUGAGCUGGAGGACGUCAGUUACAGGUUGCAAGAAGCGCAAAACGAAAAUAGAUCAUUGAGGGAAGCGAAUGAGUGCUUGCAGAGCGUAAACUUGGAGAAAACUAGCGAAAUAGACACCCUAUACAAAUCAGCCGCAGCGUGCGACGAGGAAACGAAACGCUGCAGAGCACAGUUAGAAUCAUGUACAGUUGAGAACGAUACACUAAAACAAGUCGUACAACAGUUGCAGCAACAGGUGGAACAUGCCUUCGACGACGGGGAAACGAUGCGGGCCAAGUGUGAUAGGCAUAAGCACCUUUGCGACGAACUUACUGCUCAGGUAGCUGAACUCACUGAUGCGCGUAUUAAGGCAGAACAACAGCUGGAACCGUUACACAAGCAAUGUAACGAUCAGCUAGCAGCCAAUGAAGCGCUAACGAUUGAGUGUGCCAAACACAAGAACCAGAUUGCGCUACAACGCUCUGAGCUGGAGGAAAUGGAAAGAAUAACAGCGGAACUUCAGUGCCAGAGCGACCGUCAGAAGCAGGAGCUCGCUGCAUUGCAGACUACUUGCGACGAACUUUGCGAGCGUCUGAAUGUAAGUAUUGAGCACGAAUCGACGAUUGUCGCUGACUGCCACCAUUAUAAACUCGAGUACCAGGCGUUAACCCAAGAGGUAGCCGCUCUCAAACAAGCGAACGAAACUCUCAAGGAAACGGCGAAAAGGACGCAAGAAGCAUCGGAAGCGGAAUGUGAUCAGCUGCGCCAAGAAUGCGAACGGUUGAGGACGGUGCCGGUAACAACUGCUGUGACUGCAAUGACAACCACUGCCGCGCCAUGCAGUAUAUGGGAUGAACAAUCGCUAGCGGAUGGUUGGGGAGAUGAUACGGUGCGACUAGAGGAGUCGCUCCACCAGAAAGAAAGUCACAUUCAGCAACUGACGGCGGAAAAGGAAAUGAUGCAGCAGGAAAUCACUGAUCUCAAGGUCAAGUCGGGAAAACUGCUGCGUAAGCUGAAGGAAUGUCGGUCAAAAUCCGACUGCCAGGAGGGAGUGGCUUCUUCGACGAAGCCUUGCGAGCCAUCAACGGACAGUGCCUUGCUUGAUCCAAAAGCGAGUCGAGAGUUGCGUUCAUCAAUUGAUGCCGCCACAAAGAAAUACGAAGAUCUGCAACGAGAAUACCAGCACAUGCUAGCUAGAAUUGAUACGCUCGAGACAGCAUGCGAAAAACUGACGGAAAUUAAGGAAGCUCAAGACAAACAAAUCGAAGCGCUUAUAAAGUCUCAAUGUGAGCGUGACGUUGAACCGACGGAGAGCGAUACUUCCUUGCUCAAGCAGAAGUUGGCGGAAGUACAACACACCGUUCUACUGCUAGAGAAAGAAAAGAACGAAAUGUCCCACGAGCUGGAAACUAUGAAUGAACAGAUUUUACAGGACCUGCGCUUCGAGGAUCAGCUCAAGAGUGUGUUGCUCGAGGUGGACGCAAAGAAUGUGGAACUGCAGAUGUUGCGAUCAACGCUACAACAAAUGCAAUCGGAAAAUGGUAACGAGCUGAACAUGCAGAAUGCGACAUUGCUCGAGCAGGUUGAUAAUCUUAAGCAAAAAAUAAUUUCUCUGGAGCAGAAUAAGAACCACAACAUAUUUGCUGCUGGUGGUGGCGGCCAGUCACCCAUUGUGGUGGAACUUGUUGGUGAACCGUCCUGUUCUACGUCACAGGGACUGCCAGUGGAAGUUGCCGAGAUCGCAGAAGCAACUGAUAUGGACGAUGCUGCCCACGUGCGCUCGGUUCUAAAGGAGCAGGAGGUAGAAAUUGUAACACUCCGGCAGCAGCUAGCAGUCCGCAGCGCCGAAUAUGCGAGGCUUGCAGCGCACGUUGAUCCAGCACGCUUUGCUACGACGCUCGGCAAAAGUGCCGAACCACAAGUAAAGCUCGAUGUUCAGCAAAGCGGCGAUCGCGUAUCACAAGCCGAAUUGGAACUGGCACUAUACAUGAUAUACCAGCGUGACAUGCGCUGUGACGAGCUGGAGAUUGAGUUGCGCAAUUUGCUGGAAGAGCGUGAUGCACUGCAGUUACGUCUCUCAAAUGCAUUGCGAAUGCACGAAGAGUUUAGACUAAAGAUGAUCGUUUCGGCUUCAAGUUGUGACGGAGCGGAAGGCCCCACUGUGUCCGACGAGAGCUCUAUUGAGGCAACACCCGAAAAGGACAGCCUUGGAAUGGAUAGUUUAGAAGGUAAAGCAGCCGAAUCGACGAGCAGUCCCAUCUCGAAGGACCUCAGUUCGAAGCUGUCGGAGCUGCACUCGAUCAGCUACUCGAAGGAAAAGCAUUGGCAGGAGGAGCGUGAAAGCCGCAACCGGCAACUGACGUUAAUUCAACGCGACCUAGCAAAUAUGCCGCUGGAAGCAGCGGCCAAAAUAGUCGGUGCAGAUGUCGGCUACACCGAAGCGGCUCCGCAGCAAAGCGCUUCGUCGGUUCUUAUUAACUGGAUCCUAGGGAAAAAGUAAAAAGGAUUAUGAUUUAUUUUUAAAAAAAUUGUAUAUUUCAAUAUUCCAACACAACAUCAUAAUUGUUCAAUUGUACAUGUCGGAUUGUUUAUAGUAUAUCAGCUAGAAUAGUGUAACAAGUUUAAAAUAAAAUAGGUAACAUGUGUCGCUCAUGGUAAAUCAAAUUCAAUGUCAAAACGUUAAUGGUGCAAUGUGAAUAAUAAUAAGUAUAAUAUUGUAACAUAUUCUUUUUAUUUUUGUAUACUAGCUUGUACAUUUUAUAUGUUUAAAUUUGUUAUUGAGAUGCUUCCAAUGUUGAAGAAGAGUAGCCUUCUGACAUAUAGCCGCGUAUUGCCGUAUAGUGAUGACGUUUGCUAUUUACAAGCAAUUACAUCGUCCGGGAGAUAAAGCAAUCGUUUCGCAAUAAUACCGCUUAACCGCGCGAAAGCUAAUGGCCUCGUUAGUUAUUUCUCACCUACGCUACGCGCAUCGAAUGAAGUACAGCUGAACAAAUAUAACGCUUGCAGCUAUUGGAUGAAUCGGCUGCUUACACCAUUGUACAUUACACUGUCUACAAUUUCUGUUUUUUUUUUAUCUUAGUCAAAGAUUGUCCAGUCCACAUAUCUAUUUAAUGCUUUUGAAUUUAUCAAAUUCAGUGGUUAUUGUUGCA